GUCGCGCCGGCCGCACGUUCGGCUGUUUUCACACUGGCGCUGUUCGUGAUACCGCUUGGCCCGUGGGCCGAGGAGCAGGUGGUGCCGGACGGCAUGGGCACGGACGCGGAGCCGCCGGCCGGGCCGCACCUGCUGUCGCUGGCCGACAUGGGCGCCCUCGGCUUCGACUGCGCGCUCAAGCCAGCGCCCGCGCUGCCCGGCGGCAUCGGCGGCGCGCCCGCAGACCUCAACACGCCCGUCUCCACCUCCGACCUGCCGGCCUUCUUCCCUAACCUGCUGGAGCCGCCCCCCAUAUCAGGGUCUCUAGCUGGCGACGAACUGUCGCUGGGGUGUUCCCCGCGGCGCCACAAGCACGAGGCAUCGUUAUCCCCGGGCGCGCGCGCUGAGGACGCCAGUAACGCAUCUAGUGCUAGCGCCAGCGCCUCACUGUACGGCCCCCCGACCGCCAAGCGUGCGCCCUCGCCGCCGCUGCAAUGGCUGCUGCCACCCGGCCCCGGACCCGGCCUCGACAAGUACUUCCAGCACGAGUACGAGGAGCGCGUCGACCUGAUGCCGCCGGAGUGCCAGCCACCGUACUGCCCGCCCCAGCCCUGUGCGCCGCAGCACUGCGAAUACCGUCCGCCGCCCCCGCAUCACGCCCAGCACCCGCCGCAUCAGCCACACGCGUCUCACCAGCCGCACCCGCCGCACCCGGUUCAGCAGCACUGGGAGGCGCAGGAGUACUCCGCGCCGCCGCAACCCGCGCCCGGCCCAUCCGGCGUGCCCAAACGCGAGCCCUACCCAAGUCCUGCGGGCGACCGGCCAGUGCAGCUCGCCGAAUACAACCCUUCCACGAGCAAGGGCCACGAGAUCCUCUCUCAGGUGUACCAGCAGAGCGCGCAGCCUCUGCGGCUCGUCGCCGUCAAACCGCGCAAGUACCCUAACAGGCCGAGUAAGACGCCCGUGCACGAGCGCCCAUACGCCUGCCCUGUAGACGGCUGCGACCGCCGCUUUUCGCGUUCCGACGAGCUCACGCGCCAUAUACGCAUCCAUACGGGCCAGAAGCCUUUCCAAUGUCGCAUCUGCAUGCGCUCCUUCAGCCGCUCCGACCACCUCACGACGCACGUGCGGACGCACACCGGUGAGAAGCCGUUCGCGUGCGACGUUUGCGGUCGUAAGUUUGCACGGUCCGAUGAGAAGAAACGGCACGCUAAGGUGCACCUCAAGCAGCGGCUGAAGCGCGAGCGCGGCUCAGCGCCGCCGCACGAGCCUCUUUAGCGCACGCGCCGCUCCGCGCCCCGCGCUCCGCCGACACAUUCCACUCGCGCCGCGCCAUCUCCCAGCGGCAACGGCACACGUUGAAGUUAUCAAAUAAUUUCAUCGCUUAGGUGUAAGCACGGUCUUAAAUGAAGCUUUAUUAAGUCUACAUUUGUAAAUUCACUGAAAUUUAUAUGUAGGUAUAUAACUUUUAUACACAUUUGUUAUUAAUAUGUUGGAUGUGGUCGAUCCGAAGUAUUCGUUUGACAUCAGAUUUUAUCGAUCUGGACCGGGAACAAGUGUAGACUGGAAGCGGUGCGGCCUAAAACUAUGUUGUGAUUAAACGCAUCGGAAGUAUUGUAUAGGAUGGUCGCCACGGAUCCUCUGCGCAGCAUCCUCACAUAUCUAGAUUGAGCGGCGCGCGCCUGACGUAGUACGAAACGUGUUUUAUAAACUAAUUUGUUUAAAUUCGAAGUGAGUGUGACAUGAACUGAGCCUUCACAUGAAUAGUAGAAAUGUGAAGGGCAAGUCGUCCGGGUUGGUAAACUUCAGCCGCGAGUCGACACCCGGUCGGCAAGCUUUGUUUAACUUUGUUAACUAUUUAAGUAUUGUAUUAAAUAUUUAUUAAUCUUAUAUACUUGACUAAACUAACGUGAAAUUGUGCCAUUCGUUUAACUUUAUUCCGCGUGCCACGGCAGUUUGAAUGAUACUAAAUGUAACACGACUGCUAUGUAAGUGAUAGGUGUAAUGUUAUACCUGGUGUAAAUGUAACGCUACUUGUUUUAUUUUAUAAUAUUUCUAGUCGAAGAUGUGAACGAGCGAAUGUCGACUAUUGUUUUUCUUCAUAUACUUUAUUUUAUUGUUUUAUUUUUACAUUUUAUAUUAAUUUUCGACAGUCACUGUCAACCUUUAUUCUUGCUCAAUUGAUUUGUUUUAACAAAAUUUGCUCAAAUCUCUCUUACACAAACAUUAUUGCACUAACGCCUGUUUUAGUAUAAAGCCUUCUUCUCUAUUUUCUUCGUUUCAACAUAUUAAUUGUCUUGUUUCCUCCCAGUGGCAUACAGUGCUUGUAUCGUCGUGCGUUUAGACUAAUCUAGCAAAAGUAAUUAACAUGUAGGUUUAAAAUUAUGAUCUCUUAAUCUUUAUUAAUAAUUUGCAAGUAUGGUCCUCGGAGAGAUGGGCUUUUUAUUUAUAAUACUCAUAAGUUCGUGUACAUGUAAUUACUUGUAAGUAUAAUUUUGUAUUCAUAUUACAGUUACUGUGAUUAAGUUACGACUUUUCAAGUCACCGUCGCAUGUUGCUCGGUGUGUACGUACAUCGAACUGUUGUUACAGAAUGUUCACGAUCAAAUCUUUCUAAGAUUGUUUAUUAGUACAAAAUUAAGCACAAAUAGCCUAACAUGUAAUGAUGAAACGUUUAAUAUUUAUAAAAUCGUCUUCAAUAAGUUAGGUGCAUUAUCAGUUGGAAAUUUAUAUUUGUUAUAUAUUUAAUUAUGCGUUGCAUUGUUAUGUAAAUCGUUUAAACAUAUGUAAUUUAAGAACAAUCAAGCGUUCCACCAGAAAAAGUGUUGUCAUUGUUUCAACACAUAUAUAUAUACUGACAGGGUGGUAUUUCGAAUGGCGGUGGUCUUUAUGAAUUUAGAAAUUCGACAAUAAUAUUUCUGACCCUCGCGCCAAAAUUCAAAAUAGUAAAAGAAAUCUGAAACUAAAGCGAUAUAAACUGACAUGAAUUUGGUUCUUUUCCGCCAAAUGGUUUAGCAGAAAAACUCACUUGGCAAACAUGCAGUUUUCGCUUUAGUUCCGUUCGCUUUCGCGACAAGCGUACAAGAUAAUGCCAUUGAUGUAUAAUCUAUUAAAAAUCAAACCGCUUUUUCUUAAAUUGCAAGAGAAAAUCACAAAACACUGUCCACGUGUGUAUUAAGUUCGCUUUAUAAUUGACAAAUAUUACAUAUCGCCGUCUAAAUUGUUUUUUAAAAACCAUUAUUGUACAACCACAGAUCCAGUUAAAUUAUUAUAAAUUUUAUAGAUACAUUUCACACCAUCCACGAUGCCAGAGCUCGUCAAUUAGAAUAAGCGCCAAACGAUAAACACAUGCGUACAACAAAAUAUUUGAUAAAAACGUUAUACGAAAUAUAAUGUACGCAUUUACAAUGUUUUUACUAUAUUAAAGGAGACAAAGUCUCUGUUAGACAAUGCUAGCGUAGAUAGAUAUAUAUAAUUAUUGCAUGAUAGACAAACGAGUGACGAUGGAAACUGAGAAGACUAAAUUCUUGAACUAUUUACGUAGUGUUGCAUCUCGUUGUUGGUAUACGGCAAGGCAACUGCGAUGUUCACGUCGGUGCCGAGCCCUAUUUGUGAUCGGUCUGUGGCGGUGCUACGCAUUAUUACUGUUUACGUUCACGUUGAUGUUCUAGUUCUUAGUCGAUUUUCAAAGUGAAACAAAACUAUUUCAAGGUGUUCACACUAUAGUCAGUAACUACGAUUUUCAUUAUGAGAGCUGUUUAAACGAGUGCGUAUGUCGCAGUCGCCAGUGCUGCACUCUACUGGAUGUUUGAAGAGGUGUUGUUGAUGUUUUAAACAUAUUGUAAUUAGUUUUUAAUAGAAUUUAAGUAUAUUGUUAAAUCUCA